CCGGCCUCGGCCGCCUCGCGCCAGGUGGCGGUCCCGGCGGCGCCGCGGCCGCUGCUCCUGCUGCUGCUCGGCCUCCUGCAGGGCGCAUCCUCAGCAGUGUUCGAGGUGAAAGACGGCAACGGCACAGCUUGUAUAAUGGCCAACUUCUCUGCUGCCUUCUUGGUGAGCUACGACACUCAGAGUGGUUCUAAGAACGCGGCCUUUGACCUGCCGCCAAGUGCACACGUGCUGAACAGCAGCUCUUGUGGAAAAGAGAACACUUCCGACCCCACUCUCAGGAUUGCCUUUGGAGAAGGACACACACUGACCUUCAACUUCUCAAGAAAUGCAACACGCUACGGCGUCCAGCGUAUGAGUUUUGUUUACAACUUGUCAGACACACGCACUUUCCCCAACGCAAGCUCCAAGGAAAGCAAGACCGUGGAGUCUGUCACUGACAUCCAGGCGGACUUGGACACUCGGUACCACUGUGUGAGCGCCACCGAGACGCGCAUGGGCGGCGUGACCCUCACGCUCCGCGACGCCACCAUCCAGGCCUACCUUUCCAACAGCAGCUUCAGCAAGCGAGAGACGCGCUGCAGGCAGGACGUGCCUUCCCCCACCACGGCGCCGCCCAGGCCCUCGCCCUCGCCCCCACCACCCGAGAGCCCCUCCGUGGCCAAGUACAACGUGAGCGGCAGCAACGGAACCUGCCUGCUGGCCAGCAUGGGGCUGCAGCUGAACGUCUCCUACGCGAGGAGCGACAACACGACCGUGACCAGAGUGCUCAACAUCAACCCCAAUAAGACCUCGGCCAGCGGCAGCUGUGGCUCCCAGACGGUGACCCUGGAGCUCCGGGGCGAGGAUGUCGCCCUCCUGCUCUUCCAGUUUGGCAUGAACACAAGUUCCAGCCAGUUCUUCCUAAAGGGGAUCCAGGUGAACAUGACUCUCCCUGACGCUCGAGACCCCGCCUUCAGAGCCGCCAACGAGUCACUGCGGGCGCUGCAGGCCACCGUGGGCAACUCCUACAAGUGCAACGCCCAGGAGCACGUGCAGGUCACCCAGGCGCUCUCCGUCAACAUCUUCCGAGUGUGGGUCCAGGCCUUCAAGGUGGAGGGCGACACCUUCGGGUCUGUGGAGGAGUGUCUGCUGGACGAGAACAGCAUGCUGAUCCCCGUGGCCGUUGGGGGCGCGCUGGCCGGGCUGGUGCUCACCGUGCUCAUCGCCUACCUCGUGGGCAGGAAGAGGAGCCACGCCGGCUACCAGACGAUCUAGCGCCCCGCAGGGUCUGCGCCCACACCCCCAGCCGGGGGCGUGUUGGGGCGCACUUCCUGGCAAACUGUUUUUUCAGAUCUGCUUUAUCCAAUGUGAAGUUCAUCCUGCAACAUCUACUAUGCACAAAAGAGUAACUAUCGAAAUGACGGUGUUAAUUUUGCUAACUGGGUUAAAUAUUUUGCUAACUGGUUCAACGUUAAUAUUUACCAAAGUAGAGCCCCGAGGGAGGGAAGGGUGCCUGUCCCCGUGGGCACUGGCUCCGCUGUCAUCGGGCACUCGCCAUUCCGGUGUUGGGUUCCUCACUUUGCUCAGAUUCAAGGCUCGCAGGGAAAGCCUGGUCCUCACGCUCAGGGCCUGGGCGGCUGGCUACUCGUAAGGGUGACGUGCUUGAGAAAUCAGAAAUCGUAGGGACGGAAGGUGGUAGGACGCCAGCGUUCCGAAAGGCGCACAUCUGGGACGCCCGGGCCGAGCUUCGGGGCCGGGGCGUGGCCCGCGUGCGGGACGCCUGUGGGCAAUCCCUCGGUGUUUUCCAAGCUCUGCCACUCAAGAGCGGGCACUUUUUUAAACAUAAAGAUGGGUGUUAUUUUUAUUUACUUUUUUUGUAAAGUGAUUUUCAGUCUUCUGUUUGGCAUUCAGGGUGACCCUUUUCCUGCACUGUGUACAAUGAUAGGUAGUGGAUUCCGAGGCGUGGGCGGGCGGGCACCGAGGAGCAGCUCCAUGUGACGCGUUGCCUGUAACGAUGCUAAUAAAAGUCUUCUCUUUUGUCCGG